AUGGAAGAGUCAAAUCUAUUGCAAUUCGAGCCCUUAUCCUCGGCUGUCGAAGCGACAUUCUGGCAUCAAUUCAGUCAGCGUAAAAUCGACGUCUACAAGCUCGACGACUCAGCCGUAGACGUCUAUGGAUACUACUCAACGGGCCAGGUCCUAUCCAUUCCUCAACCGAAAAGUGAUGCUCAUGUGGCUGAGGCUAUUCCUGCAAGACUCUGUUUGGGAGUUGGUGCUUUUGACGGAAGGCACGUUACCUGUGGGCUACCUCCAUAUUCAUUUCGUGCGCCAGGAGUGCUCAAGAACACCAACACGAUCGAAGAGUUUCAAAGUGUUGACAAGAACAAGCUGUUUAAAGAUACUGCAAACAGGAUUUGGGACGAUAUAGUCUCCGGAUCAGCAAUCAAUUCACCUAGUCUACUGAACCGAUUCAUUCUAUUGACAUUUGCAGAUCUAAAGAAAUAUCGAUUCUAUCACUGGUUUGCCUUCCCGGCUCUGCUUCCGGAACAGACAUUCAACGUCACCAGUGCUGUAUCCAUAUCCGUCUACUUUAAUCCCGAACAGAUCGAAUCACUACGAACUAGCUAUAAUACUUUCAGAGGACUUCCGGAAAGCCACGAAGCUGCUCCAAAUGAUACUGGAUUCUUCCUCAUACGAAAGGAGGAAGAAAGUAAUACAGUCGACGUUGCCAAACUCGUGAACUGGGAUGAUUUUUUUGCAAAGACUCAUGAAUCCAAGAUCAUGGUGGGAUUUGCAGAUCCAUCGGGUCUAUCAACUCAUCCUGGUUGGCCACUACGAAACUUUUUUGCAUUGCUGAAAAAGGCUAAAGGGUUGGAAAGUGUCACUGUUGUGUGUUAUCGAGAAUCCAUGUCAAGGCAGUCUGCUGGUCCAGAUAUAUUAAAUAGUAUAGUUAUAGAUGUCAAGAUGCCUGGUUUGUUUGCAGACCCACCAAAGUCCGUUGGUUGGGAAAAGAAUGCUGCUGGCAAACUUGGACCUCGAGUAGCGGACUUAGCACCAUUGAUGGAUCCAGCUAGACUUGCUGAUACCGCAGUUGACCUGAACCUCAAGUUGAUGAGAUGGAGAAUAGCACCUGCACUGCAAUUAGAAAAGAUUUCUUCAACGAAAUGUCUGUUGUUGGGAGCUGGAACGUUGGGUUGUUAUGUUGCUCGGAACUUGAUGGCAUGGGGUGUUCGAAACAUCACAUUUGUGGAUAGUGGAAAAGUUUCCUUCACAAAUCCCGUUCGACAACCCUUGUUUUCGUUUGAAGACUGCUUAGAUGGUGGUAAAUACAAGGCUGUAGCAGCUGCUGAUGCUCUGAAACGGAUUUUUCCUGGAGUGAAUUGUGUUGGACACGUCUUGGGCAUUCUCAUGCCCGGUCAUGCUGUAACCAAUAUGGAUCAAGCUAAAUCGGACUUGGCUGAGUUGGAGAAACUGAUCAUAGCGCAUGAUGCCAUUUUUCUGUUGACCGAUAGUCGCGAAGCGCGGUGGUUGCCUACUUUAUUAGGCGCUGCUCAUGGAAAGAUUGUCGUUAACUCGGCUCUUGGCUUUGAUACAUUUUUGGUAAUGCGCCAUGGCAUGAGAACUGCUGAAACACCGUCACCGUCUUCUGCUUCUGCUACAACGACGUCGGAAGUACAUCUUGGCUGUUACUUUUGUAAUGAUGUGGUGGCUCCAACAGAUUCCCUAAGUGAUCGUACUCUGGAUCAGCAAUGUACUGUUACAAGGCCAGGAUUGGCGCUCAUGGCUUCAGCGUUGGCUGUUGAGCUGUUGGUUACUAUACUCAAUCAUCCAAGAGGGCCAUGGGCUCCAGGUGACGUUGCAACACCCAUAUCCGAAUCAGUAAACAGUCCCACCAACCCACUAGGACUCCUUCCACAUCAAAUACGUGGCUUCCUCUCCCACUUCUCGAAUCUUUUAAUCACAGGUCAAGCCUACGACCGAUGUACAGCAUGUUCACAUGUCGUUCUCGACGAGUAUAGACGACGUGGAUUUGAAUUUGUACGCAAGUGUUUGGAAGAUCCGUCGUAUUUGGAAGAGGUGACUGGACUCAAGGAGUUGUAUAAGAUGACGGAGGAUGUGUCGUUGGAUGUUGAGGAUGAUGAGGAUGAUUUUGAAUAG